AACACACUCCGUUUUCGGCAAUAAAUACGGGUUUGCAUCGUUAAAAUCAUUCUUUAAGCUUUAGAAACAAACGCACGUUCCUACUCGAUGGCAGACGGUAACAGUUCAGAUGAAGACUUUUCCGACGAUUGGGUAUUGUACUCGCGCCGGCCGGAAUGGUCCGAUCUUGACCCGUUGCCACAAGACGAUGGCGAGAAUCCGGUCGUGAUGAUUCAGUACAGUGAGCGCUUUAACGAUGUAUUUGGAUAUCUGCGAGCGAUCAUUUCCCGACAAGAGAAGUCCCAGCGUGCCCUGGAGCUGACGAAGGACGCAGCCAAGCUAAAUGCAGCCAACUAUACCGUAUGGCAGUACCGUAGGGACAUACUGAAAGCGCUCAAUGCCGAUCUGCACGAAGAAUUGUCUUACAUUGGGCGAGUUAUUGCGGACAAUCCGAAAAAUUACCAAGUUUGGCACCAUCGUCGUGUUAUCGUGGAAUGGUUAGAUGAUGCGUCGAGCGAGCUGGCGCUGACCGAAAACAUUCUAGACAUGGAUGCGAAGAACUAUCAUGCAUGGCAGCAUCGGCAGUGGGUCAUAAAAAAUUACAACCUGUUCGACGAUGAGCUGCAUUACGUGGACCGGUUAAUAUCGGAGGAUAUGCGCAAUAAUUCCGCCUGGAACGAACGGUUUUUCGUACUUAAACAUGGCGGCUUUACACCGGAAGUGCUCGAGCGAGAGGUCAACUACGUUAUCACGCGCGUGGGUCUCAUCAAGAACAAUGAGAGCCCGUGGAAUUUUCUUCGCGGGCUGCUGCAGCAAGGCACCGGGAAGCUAGCUCAGUUCCCAAGCGUGAUCGAAUUUUGUGAGGCACUCUAUGACGAUGGCAUCCGAUCACCGUAUCUGCUGGCGUUCUUGGUGGAUCUGUACGAGGAGCAAUACUUUGAUGUGAUCGAGUCGGGUGGCAAUGAUGCUGAAGCCGAACUGUAUCAUCAGAAGGUGCAGGAUUUGUGCGAGUCGAUGGCCAACCAGCACGACAAGAUACGCAGCAAGUACUGGCGAUACAUUGCCGAGAACUUCAGGCGGAAAGCUUCCGAACGGACAGCGGCAGGCAGCGGCAGAAAUGGCGUUUAAUAGCAGAAGAUUGGUUAAAAUGUGGGCUCGUGGAUGGGGCGAUGAUUUUGGAUUUAGCAAUAAUUUUGUUAGUUUUUUCUCCUUUUCCUUCAAUAAAAGCUUAGCUGGCAGCAAUUAAUUUACCACAAUAUGGAAACUAUUUACUAAUCCGUAGCGAAGCAGUAUUGCGAAGGAUGUUGAACAGAGGGAUUAGGCGAUUUGCAGGGCUCUAUCUGCUUUCUACGCUGAAUUAUGAUG